CGCACUUUUACCAUUCUUACAGACCAUAAACCACUUGCCUUUGCUUUCCGUGGUUCAUCCGACCGUUUCUCCCCAGAGAAAUUCGUCAUUUGGAUUAUAUUUCACAGUUUUCUACCGACAUUCGCCAUGUCGAUGCUGCCAAUAACGUUGUCGCCGAUGCCAUGUCACGUAUAUGUCUUCACGAAGUUUCACAGCAGAAGAUUAACUUAGAAGACAUAGCAGCUCAUCAGGAAGGAGAUCCUGAGUUCGUGCAACUAAGAUCAAAUCCGUCGAUCAAAAUAUCACAGUUGCCAAUCCUUAACUCAGACUCCAAAAUUUACUGUGAUAUUUCUACUGGCAAGCCCCGGCCUUUUGUCCCUCAGCAGUACCGCCGAAUCGUCUUUGACCACCUGCAUGGAAUCUCACACCCGAGCAUCCGAGCCACCGUCAAGCUAAUUACUGAUCGCUUCAUUUGGCACAACAUGCGCUCCGAGAUCCAGCAGUGGGCCAAACAUUGUAUCACUUGCCAAACCAGCAAGAUCCACCGUCACACGAUUACCGUCCCCGGCACGUUUGCUCUUCCCGACGCUCGUUUCAAACAUGUUCAUCUUGACAUCGUUGGACCCUUGCCUCCAUCCAACGGUUUUGUCUACUUAUUGACAUGUGUUGAUCGUUAUACGCGUUGGCCACUUGCCGUGCCUUUACGUGAU